AUGCCGAAAUCCAUGUCUCACCUUGAAAAGUGUCUCUCCUCCGCCCUGGAGAAGCGGACAGCACAAUCCACAAUCCGGAACCUAACCACGUUCCCACCGGACUCGGUAGACUUCUCCUCUAAUGACUUCCUCUCACUGGCAACAUCAACGGAAUUGCGGGAGACAUUUCUCCACGAACUGAAGUCAGAUCCCGCAGUUGAAGCGAACCUGGGGAGUGGUGGGUCUCGACUUCUCGACGGCAAUUCAACAUAUGCCGAAAAACUGGAGCAAGACAUCGCCUCAUUCCACAACGCGGAAGCAGGACUGCUGUGUAAUUCAGGAUUUGAUGCCAACACAGGACUGUUUUCUUGCCUACCCCAGCCUGGAGAUGUUGUGGUCUACGAUGAGUUCAUUCACGCAAGUGUGCACGAUGGUAUGAGACUUUCCCGAGCGCGAAAGACGAUUCCUUUUGCACACAAUGAUCCCAAAGCACUGCGAGCCGUGAUCGAGCAAUGUCGCAAUGAGGAUAGUGGCAUCCGGGAAGGCAGACGAAACGUAUUCAUUGCCGUUGAGGGAGUCUAUAGCAUGGACGGAGAUGUCGCGCCACUUCAGGAAAUAGUAGCACUGAUCGAUGAAAUCAUGCCAAAGGGGAACGGCCACCUCAUUGUCGACGAAGCACAUWCAAACGGCGUAUUUGGACCGAAAGGCAGGGGCCUUGUUUGCGAGCUGGGCCUCGAGAACAAAAUCACAGUCCGGCUUCACACGUUUGGCAAAGCGCUGGCUUGCAAUGGUGGAAUUCUGCUCUGCAGCCCGUUGAUUCGGCAAUACCUGGUGAACUACGCCAGACCCAUGAUCUACACAACGUUCAUGUCGUACCCGGCGCUGGCAGCGAUCCGAGCUUCGUACUCGUUCUUGAUGCUGGGUAAGACGGAGCCUCUGACGAGGAACCUGCAGAUGCUCAUACAAGUUCUGCACGAGCGGAUGCUUGAAAUGCAGGCAUCUCUUCGGUUGCCAUUGGCGGUCGAGCACUUGCUCCAAAGUCCUGUUGAGUGCCCUGAGACGCCGAUAUUUUCGAUACUCUCAUCAGAACCCAAGGUGCUUGCCGCACACUGCCAGAGAAACGGGUUUGUGGUGCGUGGAAUCCUGCCACCUACUGUCCCAGAAGGAACUGAGAGGAUUAGGGUUUGUCUCCAUGCUGGCAACACGGUCGAGCAGGUAGAGGCGCUGGUUGCCAUCAUUCGAGCAUGGGUAGCGAAGCGGGCUCAAGAACUGACAGCGGUAAAGGACGUACGGGCCCGGCUGUGA